AUGAAUUCUAUUAUUGGAGAUUUUAAACCAAAGUUACACACUGCUGUUGUUGAACAAUUUAUUGAUAAUGACAGAAAAAUAAUGAUGAGAUCAAAGUUUAAUUAUUUUAGAAAAUUUGAUAUGGAAGAUUCAUUGAAUAAAUUGUUUAUAUUUAUUUUGGAAACUGAUCAAGAAAAUGAUAUUGAGCUGUAUUUUAAAAAUUAUGAUAUAAACAAUUUACAUAGUCUUACAAUUAUUACAAUAAAUGAAACAAAUAUUUUUAAUAUUUUAAAUAAAUGUUUUACCUAUGGAACAAAAAUAAAAAAUUUAAUAUUUGAUAUAAACAAAUGCCCAACAUUCAAUGAAUUUUUUGAAUUUUUAUCUAAAAUGACAUCUGUAGAAAAUAUUGAUAUGAUCAAUUUAUGUUUUAUGAAUGAAAAAAUAUCUUCAAAUAUAUCUUUUCCAGAUUAUAAAACAUUAAAAAAAUUAAGUAUUAGAGAAUGCCAAUGUACACAUUUUGUUAAUAAAAAAAUGUUAUGUAAUAUUAUUAACAAUAACAAAAAUCUUAAUGAAAUUAAUAUUAAUUCAUAUGGUAUUAGUUUUGAAAUUGAUUUUAUUAAAUUUAUUAAAAAAAAACAAAUGAUUCAUAAUUAUAAAUAUCUUGGCCAAUGUGAUAAAAGAGUUAUAACUAUUAAUUUUGAGUAUACUGAAAAUCUUUCUCCAAUCUGGAAUUUUAAUUUACUUUUUUUUGGUUGGAUAUAUCAUCAUGAUUGUAUAUUUACUAAUUAUAAUUAUACACAAUGUACAGCAUUGAAAAAAUGUUUAAAAUGUAAUAAAAUUAAGAAAAUUAAAGUUGGUUAUAGAAAAGUUGAAAAAAGUAACUCAAUAUGUAAUGGAAAUUUUUAA